CAUGCGGGGGGCUCUGACACCUCUACCUUCCUUGCUGCUGCUGUUGCUGCUGCUGUUGGGGUGUGGGCCACGGGCUACCUCUGGCGGCGGGGCUGGUGGGGCAGCAGGCUACGCUCCUGUGAAGUACGUGCAGCCCAUGCAGAAAGGACCUGUGGGACCACCCUUCCGAGAGGGCAAAGGCCAGUUCCUGGAAAUGCCUCUACCGCUGCUGCCAAUGGACCUGAAAGGAGAGCCAGGCCCUCCUGGAAAGCCUGGGCCUCGGGGCCCCCCUGGUCCUCCUGGCUUCCCAGGAAAACCAGGCACUGGAAAGCCAGGGCUCCAUGGGCAGCCUGGCCCUGCUGGCCCCCCUGGCUUCUCUCGGAUGGGCAAGGCUGGUCCCCCAGGGCUCCCAGGCAAGAUUGGACCACCCGGACAGCCAGGACUUCGGGGGGAGCCAGGGAUACGAGGGGACCAGGGCCUCCGGGGGCCACCAGGGCCCCCUGGCCUCCCUGGUCCCUCAGGCAUUACUGUCCCUGGAAAACCAGGUGCUCAGGGAGUACCAGGCCCCCCAGGAUUCCAGGGGGAGCCAGGGCCCCAGGGAGAGCCUGGACCCCCAGGAGAGCGAGGCCUCAAGGGGGAUAAUGGAGUGGGCCAGCCAGGGCUGCCUGGAGCCCCUGGGCAGGGAGGUGCCCCUGGACCCCCUGGCCUCCCUGGUCCAGCUGGCUUAGGCAAACCUGGUUUGGAUGGGCUGCCUGGGGCCCCUGGAGACAAGGGUGAGUCUGGGCCUCCUGGGAUUCCAGGCCCUAGGGGGGAGCCAGGAGCUAUAGGUCCAAAAGGACCCCCUGGGAUAGAUGGUGUGGGGGUGCCAGGGGUAGCAGGGGUGCCAGGGCCACAAGGCCCAGCAGGGGCCAAAGGGGAACCAGGGACCCGGGGUCCCCCCGGCCUGAUAGGCCCCACUGGCUAUGGGAUGCCAGGACUGCCAGGCCCCAAGGGGGAUAGGGGCCCAGCUGGGGUCCCAGGACUCUUGGGGGACAGGGGUGAGCCAGGGGAAGAUGGGGAGCCAGGAGAGCAGGGACCACAGGGCCUUGGGGGCCCCCCUGGACUUCCUGGGUCUGCAGGGCUCCCUGGUAGACGUGGGCCCCCUGGACCUAAGGGGGAGACAGGACCCAUAGGACCCCCAGGGGUGCCUGGCAUUCGGGGUGAUCAAGGACCUAGUGGUCUGGCUGGGAAACCUGGGCUCCCAGGUGAGAGGGGACUUCCUGGGACUCACGGCCCCCCUGGACCAACUGGGCCCAAGGGUGAGCCAGGUUUCACGGGUCGCCCUGGAGGACCAGGGGUGGCAGGAGCCCUAGGGCAGAAGGGUGACUUGGGCCUCCCUGGGCAGCCUGGUCUGAGGGGCCCCUCAGGAAUCCCAGGUCUCCAGGGCCCAGCUGGCCCUAUUGGGCCCCAGGGUCUGCCAGGCCUAAAGGGUGAACCAGGCCUGCCAGGGCCCCCUGGAGAGGGGAAAGUAGGGGAACCUGGCUCUGCUGGGCCCACAGGACCCCCUGGAGUUCCUGGCUCCCCAGGACUCACAGGCCCUCCUGGGCCACCAGGGCCUCCAGGGCCCCCUGGUGCCCCUGGGACCUUCGAUGAGACUGGCAUCGCAGGCUUGCACCUGCCCAAUGGUGGUGUGGAGGGUGCUGUGCUGGGCAAAGGCGGCAAGCCUCGGUUUGGGCUGGGGGAGCUGUCGGCCCAGGCCACGCCAGCCUUCACUGCCGUGCUCACCUCGCCCUUUCCUGCCUCGGGCAUGCCUGUGAAAUUUGACCGGACUCUCUACAAUGGCCACAGCGGCUACAACCCAGCCACGGGCAUCUUCACCUGUCCUGUGGGCGGCGUCUACUACUUUGCUUACCAUGUGCAUGUCAAGGGCACCAAUGUGUGGGUGGCCCUGUACAAGAACAAUGUGCCAGCCACCUACACUUAUGAUGAAUACAAGAAGGGCUACUUGGACCAGGCAUCUGGCGGGGCCGUGCUCCAGCUGCGGCCCAAUGACCAGGUCUGGGUGCAGAUGCCCUCGGACCAGGCCAAUGGCCUCUACUCCACCGAGUACAUCCACUCGUCCUUUUCAGGAUUCUUGCUCUGCCCCACAUAACCCACAGUGGGGCCCUGCUGCCCUGGCCGCCUCCUCUUUAGUGGUAGAGUGACCUUUUCAGUUACAAAGACCUCCAUUUAAAGAACGAACCAAAGGCUGAACAGAGGCAGAGGUAACCGUGGCCCAGGAGACUUGAUUUGCUUUCCCCUACAGUAUGCUGGCUGAUAUUGUUUCUGGAAGCGGUUGGCCUGAGUCUUUACCCCAGCCAUCUGUGCAGGGUUGGGGUCACCCUGUUCCUGUCCUGCCUGGUCUGCAGGUGGACCCAGGACACUCAGCCCAGCCCCCAUGAGUUCUGCAUGCU